CUUCGCCUUCGUGGUGGAGAUUCCCUAGGGAGCUCUUCCCUCCUGCCUGAGAGCGAGCUUGGCGUUGGGCUGCCAGGGUCGUCCUGCUUUGACCUUGAGCGUCCAGGGGGCUGUGGGCCUCUUUUAGGUAAUGUCUGUACAUGAAUUGCAAACUGGUCUCUAGUGGGGACACCGUGGGAGGAUGAACACGGAGGAGCUGGAGCUACUGACUGAUUCCAAGUACAGAAACUAUGUAGCAGCUGUUGACAAAGCACUGAAGAACUUCGAAUAUUCCAGUGAAUGGGCAGAUUUAAUAUCAGCACUUGGGAAGCUAAACAAGGUGCUACAGAACAAUGCCAAGUACCAAGUAGUACCCAAAAAGCUGACGAUAGGCAAGCGCUUGGCACAAUGUCUGCAUCCAGCUCUGCCGGGUGGGGUUCAUCGGAAGGCACUUGAAACAUAUGAAAUCAUUUUUAAAAUCAUUGGACCCAAACGCUUGGCCAAAGAUCUGUUCCUGUACAGUUCUGGACUAUUUCCGCUCCUUGCCAAUGCUGCUAUGUCUGUCAAGCCAACAUUAUUGAGUCUGUAUGAGAUUUAUUACCUCCCUUUGGGGAAAACAUUGAAACCAGGACUGCAAGGACUGUUAACUGGGAUUCUGCCUGGGUUAGAGGAGGGAUCAGAGUAUUAUGAAAGAACAAACACACUGCUGGAGAAAGUUGCUUCAGCUGUGGAUCAGUCAGCGUUCUACAGUGCUCUCUGGGGGAGCCUCCUCACCAGCCCUGCAGUUCGCUUGCCUGGCAUCACUUACGUCCUCUCCCAUCUGAACAGGAAGCUCUCCAUGGAGGAUCAACUCUACAUAAUUGGCAGUGACAUUGAAUUAAUGGUGGAAGCGGUAAGCACUUCAGUGCAAGAUACCAGUGUUUUGGUACAGAGGAGCACAUUGGACCUUAUCCUCUUUUGUUUUCCUUUCCACAUGAGCCAGGCAACACGUCCAGACAUGAUCAGAAUUUUGUCAGCAGCCCUUCAUGUAGUGCUGCGCAGGGAUAUGUCACUCAACCGAAGGCUUUAUGCAUGGCUUCUAGACAUAGAAGAUGAAGAGUGUCAUCCUGGAACUCAUUCCUGUCAUAUAAAUUGUUUUGAUAACAAUGGUGCCCUUGUAGGACCCAGAAGUACAAGGCACAGCAAUCCUGAGGAGCACGCCACUUAUUAUUUCAACACCUUCUCUAAGGAGAUGUUAGUCCAGGCAAUGGUUGGAAUAUUACAAGUUAAUGGACAGGGAGAAGAAAGCACAUUAAUGCAAGACUUAAAGCCUUUUCGAAUUCUUAUCAGUCUGCUGGAUAAGCCUGAACUAGGCCCUGCCAUCCUAGAGGAUGUAUUGAUUGAAGUGUUUCGAACAUUAUAUACACAGUGCAAAGCAGAACUGGAGCUUCAGACAGAACCGUCUUUCAACAAAGAUCAUACACAGCUAAGCAGCAAGCUGAGAGAAAACAAGAAAACAGCAGAACUGAUUAAAACUGCCAAUCUUCUUUUCAAUUCCUUUGAGCCUUAUUAUAUGUGGGAUUACAUUGCUCGUUGGUUUGAAGAGUGUUGUAGGAGGACUUUACAUGCCAGACUUCAAACUGGGCCUGGAGGUGAUAGUGAGCAAUCUGAGUUACCUCUGACAAAUUUCUGCUUGUUAGUGGAUUUUUUGUUGGAUAUUGUUUCUUUGCCUACUAGAAGUAUGAGAGUGCUGUGUCAGGAGACUUACAUUGAAAUACAGACAGAACACUUGCCUCAGCUGUUGCUCAGGAUGAUUUCUGCAUUGACAAGCCAUCUUCCUACCUUGCACUUGUCUGAGCUUACUGACUCUCUCAGACUCUGCUCAAAGAUCCUUAGUAAGGUUCAGCCUCCAUUGCUCUCUGCUGGUACAGAUGGUAUUCUGCAGCUUCCUACUGGACACAACAACUCCAUCAAAGAAUGGGAAAAUAAAAAGGUGCCAUCAGUGUCACUUGAAAAUCCUAAUGAUGUGUUUGAAGAUGGUGAAAACCCUCCAAGCAGUCGAUCAUCAGAAAGUGGAUUCACUGAGUUUGUACAAUACCAGGCAGAUACAACUGAUGACAUUGACAGAGCACUGAAUGAAGGUCACGGUGCACCUGGCAUCCCUAUUGUUGGUAGCACAUCCUCAGAGACUGAGACAGCAUCAACCGUGGGUUCUGAGGAGACCAUUGUACAGCCUCCUUCCAUAAUGACACAAGGGACAGCAACUCGUAGUGGGAAAACGAUCCAAAAGACUGCAAUGCAGUGCUGUUUGGAAUAUGUCCAACAGUUUUUAACCAGAUUUAUCAACCUGUAUAUCAUUCAGAAUAAUUCCUUGUCUCAGCCCUUAGGGGCAGAGCUUCCAGUAGACCCCACUAGAGCGCAAGGACAGAGCACAAAAUGGGACAGAGAAUCACAAGAUGAUGCUAAUGUGAAGAAAACAAACAAGAAGAAAACACCGAAAGAAUACCUUCCUGCCUUUAUUGCUGCUUGUCAGCUCUAUCUUGAAUGUUCGAGCUUUCCCGUUUACAUUGCUGAAGGAAACCGUACUUCAGAAUUACAUCCUGGGAAGCCUGAAAUUGACUGUGAACAAGUACAGCCUCCACUGUGGCUACAGACUUUAAUGAAUGCUUGCAGACAGGCAAGCGAUUUCAGUGUUCAGGGUGUUACUAUUUCCCUUGUGAUGGACUUGGUUGGACUGACUCAAUCUGUUGCUCUUGUCACUGGAGAAAAUCUGAACAGUGUGGAAACUGCUCAGCCUCUUAGUCCUAACCAGGGAAGAGUGGCUGUCGUCAUCAGACCUCCUCUUACACAAGGCAAUCUGAGAUACAUGGCUGAAAAGACAGAUUUCUUCAAGCAUAUAGCUUUAACUCUUUGGGACCAGCUGGGUGAUGGAACUCCUCAGCAUCAUCAGAAGAGUGUGGAGCUCUUUUACCAGCUGCACAACCUCGUCCCAUCUUCCAGCAUUUGUGAAGAUGUUAUUAGUCAGCAGCUGACUCACAGAGACAAGGCAAUAAGAAUGGAAGCUCAUGCCAAGUUUGCAGUGCUAUGGCAUCUCACACGAGAUCUUCAUAUUAACAAAUCAUCUUCCUUUGGCCGCACCUUUGACAGAUCAUUGUUUAUCAUGCUGGACAGUCUCAAUAGCUUGGAUGGUUCCACUUGGUCAGUGGGACAAGCCUGGUUAAAUCAAGUACUUCAAAGACAUGAUAUUGCAAGGGUUCUUGAACCUUUGCUCCUACUGCUUCUGCAUCCAAAAACUCAGCGAGUUUCUGUUCAGCGAGUACAGGCUGAAUGUUACUGGACUAAAUCUCCCAGUCACCAUGAAGAAGAAAAUGAAAAGCAGUUCAUGCAGAAGUUCAGCUGUGCUGAUGCAUUCUCCCACAUGUCUGUAAGCCCAGGACAACUUAUUAUACCUAAAGAAGUCAAUGAGAAACAACUUGGUGUGGAUGAAAUGGAGAACUUCAGCCUGACUGUCAACCCUCUGAGUGACAGGCUUUCCCUGUUAAGUACCAGCAGUGAGACCAUACCAAUGGUUGUGUCUGAUUUUGACCUUCCUGAUCAUCAGGCUGAAAUACUGCAGAGUUCUGACUCUGGCUGUUCUCAGUCAUCUACUGGAGACAACAUCAGUUAUGAAGUGGAAACAGAAAGCCUGAGUGCUCAAGAUAGCUCUCAGACUCUGAAAGAAGACUCACCUGAUGAAAUUGUGCAACAAGUGGUUACAGAUCUUAUAUGCAAGGUUUUAAGUGGUCUCGGAGAAGAAAUUGAACCAGUUAAAGACAGUCUGCACUCUGAGGAUGCUUCAUGUAAAUUCAGCUCUUUGGAUAACUCUGUAGAGGCUACAAAAAGUGAUGAUCAAAAUAUUCAAAGUAGCCAGAGUAGUUUACUUAGUAAUGACAGUUCACAGUUACUAUCAGCCUCAACUGAGACUGGACUUGAGAGCUUAGGAGAUGAAAUGUCAAGAAAUAACUCUUCACCUUGUAUUGUGGAAAGCCAGCAAUCCUUCUCUGAUCUUACUCUUUCUUCCACUGAAUCAAAGUCUAGAAAAUGUAGUCACAGUAGUAUUCAAUUCAGCUUUAAAGGAAAGCAACCAGAAAAAGUGUCAGAAAAAGAAACCAUUGUUAAAGAGGCUGGUAAGCAACCAGGUGCAAAACCUAAGGUAAAAAUAGCUAAAAAGAAAGAUGAAGAGAAGAAGAAAGCACAGACAGAAAAGCUUAAGCAAACAAAUGUCUUUUUCAGUGAUGGUCUUGAUUUAGAAAAUUGGUACAGUUGUGGAGAAGGAGAAAUUUCAGAAAUAGAAAGUGAUGUUGGAUCCCCAGGAAUGCGAAAGUCUCCUAACUUCAAUAUCCAUCCACUGUAUCAACAUGUGCUGCUUUAUCUCCAGUUGUAUGAUUCUUCAAGGACAUUGUACGCUUUUUCUGCAAUUAAGGCAAUUCUGAAAACAAAUCCAUCAGCUUUUGUAAGUGCCAUCUCCACUACCAGUGUCAACAAUGCAUACACUCCUCAGCUUUCAUUGCUCCAAAAUCUUCUAGCCAGGCAUCGAAUAUCUGUUAUGGGCAAGGAUUUCUAUAGUCACAUCCCGGUUGAUUCUAACCAUAACUUUCGGAGCUCUAUGUACAUAGAAAUUCUUAUCUCCUUGUGUUUGUACUACAUGCGGAGCCAUUAUCCAACUCAUGUUAAAGUAACCUCACAAGACCUCAUAGGAAACCGCAACAUGCAAAUGAUGAGUAUAGAAAUUCUGACACUCCUCUUUUCUGAGUUGGCAAAAGUGAUAGAAAGCUCUGCCAAGGGCUUUCCCAGUUUUAUUUCAGACAUGUUGUCCAAGUGCAAGGUUCAGAAAGUGAUCCUGCAUUGUCUGCUGUCUUCCAUCUUCAGUGCCCAGAAAUGGCACAGUGAAAAGACAGCUGGAAAAAACAUAGUGGCUGUAGAAGAAGGCUUCUCUGAAGACAGCCUUAUAAAUUUUUCUGAGGAUGAAUUUGACAAUGGUAGUACUCUGCAGUCACAACUUUUGAAAGUACUUCAGCGGCUGAUUGUGCUGGAACACAGAGUAAUGACUGUGCCUGAGGAAAAUGAAACGGUGUUUGACUUUGUCAUAACAGACCUGGAGCACAUUGGUCCUCAGCAGCCGAUGACAUCUCUGCAGUAUUUACAUUCCCAGCCAAUAACCUGCCAAGGCAUGUUUCUGUGUGCAGUGAUACGAGCUUUGCACCAGCACUGUGCCUGUAAAAUGCAUCCCCAGUGGAUUGGCCUUAUCACUUCUACAUUGCCUUACAUGGGAAAAGUUCUUCAAAGGGUCGUUGUUUCAGUGACUCUUCAGCUCUGCAGGAACUUGGAUAAUUUAAUUCAGCAGUAUAAAUACGAAACGGGAUUAUCUGAUAAUAGGCCUCUCUGGAUGGCAUCAGUCACUCCCCCAGAUAUGGUUCUCACUUUAUUAGAAGGGAUCACAACAAUAAUUCAUUACUGCCUCUUGGAUCCAUCUACACAGUAUCACCAGCUUUUGGUUAAUGUAGAUCAGAAGCAUCUGGUUGAAGCACGCAACGGGAUCCUCUCUAUCUUGCAUAUGAUCAUGUCUUCUGUGACUUUACUGUGGAGCAUCCUGCACCUUGCAGAUUCUUCAGAGAAAACUACUGCUGCUGCUGCAUCCAUUACCACUAUUAAUCUUGGGUCAACUAAGAAUUUGAGACAACAGAUUCUAGAACUUUUGGGUCCAAUUUCAAUGAAUCAUGGUGUUCACUUCAUGGCUGCUAUUGCAUUUGUAUGGAAUGAAAGGAGGCAAAACAAAAAUACUUCAAGGACAAAGGUUAUUCCUACAGCAGGUGAAGAACAACUUUUGCUGGUCGAGCUGGUUCGCUCUAUCAGUGUUAUGAGGACAGAGACUGUCAUUCAGACUGUGAAAGAAGUUCUAAAGCAGCCUCCAGCCAUAGCAAAGGACAAGAAACAUCUUUCACUGGAAGUCUGCAUGUUGCAGUUUUUCUAUGCUUAUACUCAAAGGAUUCCAGUGACCAGCUUAGUAGACAGCUGGGCAGCACUGCUGCUUUUGUUAAAAGAUUCCAUACAGGUUGGUCUUCCAGCCCCAGGACAGUUUCUCAUACUUGGUGUUCUUAAUGAGUUCAUCAUGAAAAACCCAAGUCUGGAGAAUAAGAAGGAUCAAAGAGAUCUACAGGAUGUAACACACAAGAUAGUGGAUGCCAUUGGGGCAAUUGCUGGUUCUUCCUUGGAACAGACCACUUGGCUAAGACGAAACUUAGAGGUUAAGCCUUCCCCCAAGAUUAUGGUUGAUGGAAACAACUUAGAAUCAGAUGUUGAAGAUAUGCUGUCUCCAGCAAUGGAAACUUCAAAUAUAACUCCAUCUGUUUAUAGUGUCCAUGCAUUGACCUUACUUUCUGAGGUUUUGGCUCAUCUCCUUGACAUGGUUUUCUACAGUGAUGAAAAAGAGAGAGUUAUUCCUUUGCUUGUAAAUAUUAUGCACUAUGUUGUGCCCUACCUCCGUAAUCACAGUGCUCACAAUGCAUCCAGCUAUCGAGCUUGUGUCCAGUUGUUAAGCAGUCUUAGUGGAUAUCAGUAUACAAGGAGAGCAUGGAAGAAGGAAGCCUUUGACCUCUUUAUGGAUUCCAGUUUCUUCCAGAUGGAUGCUUCAUGUGUUAACCAUUGGAGAGCUAUUAUGGAUAAUUUGAUGACACAUGACAAAACCACAUUCAGAGAUUUGAUGACACGGGUGGCUGUGGCUCAGAGCAGCUCCCUUAAUCUGUUUGCUAACCGAGAUGUGGAGCUGGAGCAGCGUGCAAUGCUCCUCAAGAGACUCGCCUUUGCCAUUUUCAGCAGUGAGAUAGACCAAUACCAGAAAUACCUGCCAGACAUACAAGAAAGGCUGGUAGAAAGUCUCCGGUUGCCACAGGUGCCCACUCUUCAUUCCCAAGUGUUCCUGUUUUUCAGAGUAUUGCUUUUAAGAAUGUCUCCACAGCACCUUACCUCACUUUGGCCAACCAUGAUCACUGAACUGGUGCAAGUGUUUUUACUGAUGGAACAGGAGCUCACUGCUGAUGAAGACAUUUCCAGAACUUCUGGCCCAUCUGUUGCUGGUUUGGAGACAACUUACACAGGUGGCAAUGGUUUUUCCACAUCCUACAACAGCCAGAGGUGGUUGAACCUGUAUUUAUCUGCUUGCAAAUUUCUGGACUUGGCUCUAGCUUUACCAUCUGAAAACUUGCCUCAGUUUCAGAUGUAUCGUUGGGCUUUUAUUCCAGAAGCAUCAGAUGACUCAGGCUUGGAAGUACGAAGACAAGGAACACAUCAGAGGGAAUUCAAACCCUAUGUGGUGCGUCUGGCAAAGCUGCUGCGAAAAAAAGCAAAGGACAAACAGGAGGACUUUAAGACGGUGGUUUUGGAGGGAAUGGAGAUGGCCAAGCAUCAGAAAAACCCGGAGGAGGAUGGCUCAGGUAAAACACUAAACUGGGAACCAGGUCACUUGCUUUUAACCAUCUACACUGUUCGCAGCAUUGAGCAGCUCUUGCCUUUCUUCAAUGUACUCAGCCAAGUUUUUAACAGCAAAGUCACAAGCAGAUGUGUUGGACACUCAGGGAGCCCUGUCCUUUACCCCAACUGUUUUCCAAGUAAGGACAUAAAAAUGGAGAACCUCAAGACCUUCUCCAGCAAAGCAAGACAGAAGAUAGAAGAAAUGGUUGAGAAGGAUUUUCUUGAAGGCAUCAUAAAAUCAUGAACCAAACUGGUACUACUCAGCCUAUAUGUAGUGUAACUAUCUAAAUGAAAUACUCUAUCUUUCCCAGUUGUAUAGUAUUCUUUUCUUAUUUUGUAUGUAAUGAAAUACUUAAUGUUGUAUUUAAGUUAAAUAUUUGUAAAUAAGAGAAGU